GUAAAUAUGGUAAAACCGGUACUGUCGGCCUACUUUUGAUGUUAAUUAGCAUUCCUCUACACGAAGAUGACGAAGACGUAACUUGUGUAAGCUCAUUACUGUUUCCGAGCAAUAAUUUAGACUCGGCUAUACACAUAAAAAAUUUAAUAACACAUGGCUUAGAAGAGAAUUGAACUCGUGCUUUCUUUACCGCUUGGUUUAUGCGUCAUGCUUAGUUCAUAUCAUUGUUUGUAAUAUAAUUUCGAGCUUAGAAUAAUUUUUGGGACGGGGGGAAUAACUUUAUCAUGUCAACAACCUGAGGACGGUGGGGCUGAAUAAAUAUUUCGUCAUGAUGCAAUGAUGCAACAAUUUCACUAUUGUAAUUGUCAUUAUGGCUUACAAUAUCUCGUGUACUAGAGCAUGGUUUAGGAGAUUAUUCUCCUCUUUGGAAAGACAAAUUCUACUCCCAAAGCAUAAUACUCGAACACAUAGCAUCAGACGUUCUGCCACAGAUGAAAAAACGUCGUGUCAUUAUCAAGAUCUAUUGGGGAAAUACACUGUUAUGUCUGUUGGUAUUUUUCUUGGCUGGGUGUCAGGGCUUCAACUAUACAAAUGGUUGGUAAAUAAAAAUUUUAAACUAUUGCAUAAGAAUUAUGCAACUGUUGCUGAUAGAUCGAAAUCAAAACAGUUCAAUUUUGUUGCGGACGUGGUUGAGAUAAUUGCCCCGGCAGUUGUACAUAUUGAAGGCCUGGAUCGCAAGCGUAGUUUUAUGGGGUAUGGGACGUCAUCGGGGUCUGGGUUUCUUGUAUCCGAAGAUGGACUGGUAUUGACUAAUGCACAUGUCGUUGAGAAUAUGCACAGUGUUAAAGUAACAUUGUCAGAUGGGAGGUCAAUUGUUGGCGAAAUUGUUAAUGUUGAUCGAGCUUCAGAUCUUGCUGCUGUGCAGCUAAGGAAUCAGAGAAGGUACUGAAACUGCUUGUUUCAAUAACUUGGUGAAUCAUCAAACAUACGACCUGGUGAAUUUGUGGUUGUGAUGGGAAGCCCUUUGCGCCUCAGCAACACAGUCACAUCAGGAAUUGUAAGCACUGUUCACCGCAUUGGGGAUUUGAGGACAAACAUUGAGUACAUUCAGACAGAUGCAGCAAUAAAUGUUGGUAAUUCUGGUGGGCCACUUGUUAACCUGGAUGGCAAACUUAUUGGAAUCAACACAAUGACUGUUAAAGGUGCAGUUGGUAUUUCCUUCGCAAUUCCCGUCAACACUGUGAAGAAAUUUCUCAAGGAUACGGGUGGCACCAAGUCAGUGAAAUCAGCAAAGGGUUAUAUUGGCAUCCACAUGCUUACACUUACACCAGGCAUUGUGGAUGAGUUGAUGAGACGAAUUCCCGACUUUCCCAUUAUCACAAGUGGUGUGUUUAUACCGGAAGUGGUGUUUAACUCCCCAUCACACAGGGCGGUAUUUAUCCAGGGAUAUAAUAGUUAGAAUUAAUGGUGUUGCAGUCAGCAGUUCUCAGCAAGUUUAUGAUUUUGUGGCAAAAGGAGAACUUUUAAACAUUGAGAUAUUACGUGGAAAUAAACAUUUCAAGGCUGUUGUGCAACCAGAAACAGUUCGAUGAAUCACGAGGAAAGAUUUUUAAGAAUGAUAUCUUGAGACAAUUUCAAGUUUAAACAAGUCAAAAGCAGAUUUAUUGUGAACUAUUGUAGCAUUCAACAAUGAUAAGAUUGAUAUGUGACCCAAUUUGA